GAACACCGGGAUACACUCCAUUGUGGCCCUGGUACACUACCGCUGCAAAAUAUACUUGUGGUGGUGUCCUUCAGUAUUCAUCUGGGACAUUUCAAAGUCCAUUCUAUCCUGGGAAUUAUCCAAACAAUGCAGAUUGUGUGUGGGAAAUAGAAGCAAUGAGCAAUUACCGUGUGACACUUUCAUUUAGUGAUAUUGAGACAGAAGGUGGUACAUGCCAGUAUGAUUAUAUUGAGAUCUAUGACGGGCCACUCCAUACUUCUCCUUUACUGGGGAAAAUUUGUCAUGGUUCCUAUCUGUCAUAUACAUCAUCCUCAAACUUGAUGACAGUUCGAUUUCACAGUGACUCAAGUGUAACAAACAGAGGGUUUCGUGCUGACUAUUAUAUCAUUCCAGCAGAUCAGAAUACUGUUCUUCUGUGCUUGCCUGAAUAUAUGCAUGCAGUUGUUAAGAAAGCCUAUCUCCUCUCACAAGGCUACACUGCAGAGAAUGUCAGCUUGAAUGACCCUUAUUGUAAACCAAAGAUUACAACAAAUGAUAUUAUAUUCAACAUCCCAUACAAUGGUUGUGGCACAAAACGAGAGGGAAACAGCAAUACUAUCAUGUAUUCCAACUUGAUCAAAGCAACCUCUUCUGGUUACAUAAUCAAAAGGGAAAAAGAUCUUCAUUUGCAUGUCAACUGCAAAAUGCUCCAAAACACAUGGAAAGAAAUCAUGUAUGUUGCUCAGGAUGUGGCUGAGGACGUUACUGAGGUCAAUGAAACUCAGUACAGCAGAUACAACGUGACCAUUUCAUUUUAUAAAUCACCAUCCUUCUCAAGACCAGUGUAUGACUCUCCAUACUAUGUUAGAUUGAACCAGAAUUUAUUCCUUCAAGCUUCAAUUCACAGCUCUGACCCAAAUCUGGUGUUGUUUUUGGACACAUGUGUUGCAUCACCUGAUCCCAAUGAUUUUACAACAGUAACCUAUGACAUUAUCAGGCGUGGAUGUGCUAGAGAUCCUACAUAUGGUACAUAUUAUUCACCCUACAGCUCCAUCGUACGCUUCAAAUUUAAUUCCUUCAAGUUUGUUAACCAAUAUUCAUCAGUUUACCUGCAGUUCAAAAUGGUAGUGUGCAGGGUAUAUGAUUAUUCAUCCCGAUGCUACCAGGGCUGCAUACCCAGGUCCAAAAGAGAUACAAGCUCUUACCAAGAAAAAGUGGAUGUUGUUGUUGGGCCAAUUGAGCUUUGGAAAGAAGGCACUGAGAACAGGAAUGCUGAGCUGGACUAUUCUGAACAUCAGGAAGACGUGGAUUCCCGUGGUUCACUUACCACCACUGCCAGUCAUUCCCAGGCUCCAUUUAUUGUUACAGCUGUGGUGCUUGCAGCUGUUGUUUUCACUCUUGUUGGGUUUCUUUUGAAAAGUAAACUGAAGAGACCGAUUCCAUAUGAGAUAAUGUGAGACGCUAAAGACACUAGCAUCUGGCAGACAAUGAUAUCUCAGGGCAUUUUAAGUAAUUAUUCCAUUUUUAGCCUUUGCACUUAAUAAUUUUUAUGUGAUAAUUUGCGCUUCAAAGAGAAAAUAUGACAAACUUACCGUAAUGAGGCUACACUCUGAGUUCUGGUAAAUUCAGGCUAGACAUGGGCCUGAGGUUAAAACCCCACGUCCAAAUAGCAUGGAAAGCUAGGAAGAGUUUGAAUCCAGAUCCCAAUUCUGUGACCAGCUGCCAUUUCCAGUAAUGGACUGAACCCAAGCCCAGUAUUUGACCUAUCAGCUCCCUCCUCUCAAUCUAGAACCAGACUUUGCACCUCAGGAUCUCUAAUUAGAUCUCUAAUCUAGAUAGACCAAAAUACUGUCUAGUUUUCAUGGUAUUCUGCGGUGAGAUUCAACAGAGCAACUCUGUAAUAUAAUGAAUGUGUAUUCAGGAAGAAUGCUCCAGAGGUUAGAGCACUAAUCUGGGUUGCGAGUUACUGUUUUACCAUAAACAACUUUGUGUGACCCUGGGUCAGUCACUUAAUCUCUCUGGGCCUUAGUUCCCCACCUGUAAAAUGGGGAUAACAGCAUUUCCCUAUCACACAGGAGUGUUGUAAGGAUAGAUACAAUUAAGAUCGUCAGAUAUUACCAUGAAGGGAGAUAUAGAAGUACCUAAGAUCGAUAGUACUUUGAUUUGACAACUUUAUACAUAAAAAGGGCAAUCUGAUAUUGGUUUUUAUGUUUUAUGCAUACCUAGCAUAUCUCUUUAUGCAUACCUGGCAUAUUUCAGUCACUGCUGGUCAUCAAAAUAUUUGGAUGUGAGUGCAAUUUUUCUCCUUCAUAAUCCUCCUUUCACUUUUUUUCAAAACCAGCAUAUCUAACACCUCAAAUAUUCUGACAUGGAAAUUGUGGCGAAGAGAUGAGGGUAAAAUCUACAUGUGACAACACCAAAUGAUCCAAAGUGGUUAUAUAGAAGAAAGUAUUUUUAUUUAGUACUCAGCCAUGCCUGGAAAAGAAAUGCAGAAAACAUACAUCCAAUUACAUAUGGAAUUGCUAAAAUACCCUGUUUCAGAUUAUCUUGAACGUUGCUCUUUAAGGUUUAAUUUCUCUUUGAGACAAAUGUAAUAGAUUGUGCUAAUUUGUAAAAUGGGAUGAUUUCCAGUCUAAAUGAAUUUCAUAUGUAAACAUAGCAAUUUACAAUCAGAAGUGGAAGUGUUUACAAAGCAAUAUUUCUACUGGUGUACUUGCAAAUAAAAUGUCUAUGCAUCUGA